GUUGAAGGAAAGGAAAGCAAAAACCCAAGUUUGAAAUUGCUAACAAAGCUGAACAAUAUUUCAAGGCCAUCAUCUCUCUCUCUAUCUCUCUCUUUUCCUAGCAAAGAAGAAAAAAAAUGGCUUCUGCCUCAGCUUUAAACCCGAAAUCCAACUACCAUAUUCGGUCGAUCAGCCUGCCUUCGAAACCACACCCUCUAUUUCAGCAAUGUGAAGAUCAUUUGUUGCGAAUAGCAGCUUCUGAUGCCUCCUCUUCAUCCUCAUAUUCGUCAUCUUCCAUAAGCCAGAAAUUGAGUGGCCUCUUGGAUUUGCAUAACUGUCUCAAUGAGUUGUUUCAGUUGCCCCUCACCCAAGAAGCCUUUGUCCGAGAGCAAAAUGAGAAGUGGGUAGAUGAGCUUUUGGAUGGCUCUCUUAGGCUCUUGGAUGUGUGUACAGCAGCCAAGGAUGCCUUGAUACACACAAAGGAGUGCGCACGCGAAAUCCAGUCGAUCAUGCGCAGAAGAAGGGGAGGCAAAAGCGGGUUCACAAAUGAGGUUAGGAAAUACUUAGCCUCAAGGAAGGUGGUCAAGAAGGCAGUCUGCAAGGCCCUGGGGACUUUAAGAACUUCUCAGAAAAAAUCCACCUUCUCAUCCACCAACAAAGACAAUGUAACUGUGGCUUUGAUUGGUGUGCUGAGAGAGGUUGAAGCCGUCUCUCUCACAGUGUUUGAGUCCCUUCUGUCCUUCAUCUCUGGAGCAAAGUCAGCAUCAAAGAUGAGAGGCUGGUCUUUUGUUUCCAAGCUGAUGCUCACCAAAAAAGUUGGUUGUGAGGAAGACAAAACAGAAAUAAAUGAAUUUGCUGAUGUAGAUGCUGCAUUGAGCUCCCUUGUGUGUCAAGAAACAAGCAACUCUGACAGCAUGGUCGACAGUGAGAACGUGCAGAGUGAGCUGCAACAAUUGGAAAUGUGCAGUCAGGAUCUAGAAGAAGGGCUCGAGUGUCUUUUCCGGCGUUUAAUCAAGAAUAGAGUUUCCCUCCUCAACACCCUGAGCAACUAAUUGUGAAAAUUUUGCUGCAGUAUCAUGAACAUCCAAGAUUUUUGUUGCCUAAGAUGCUAGGUCUUAUGUACAUAAAUGAAUAUACAUGUAUUGUCUUUUGUAAUACAAAAUGAUGAAUACUCUUUUGCUUAAAUUGC